UUACAGUUAAAUUCUCGAAAGGAGAUUGCAGUCAAUAGUAAGGUGUUUCCACAUGAACAUACUAAAGUAGCUGAAAUACUUUAAAUUGUUAAAGAAAAUUUGCAAAGCAACAAGUAAUUUUUCAUAGUUCUCCAAGCAACCUCGUUUUUGUGUGUGAAAUUUUAAAAGACUCCUAAGAAAUGAAGUAUUAUAAGUUUCUAUUUAUUUUACUUUGUUUCCAAUUCUACAUAUCCACAUCAAAAUCAAUGACCGUAACGUGUUAUUACGCGAGUUGGGCCGUUUACAGACCAGGGAUUGGAAAAUACGACAUUGAUGAUUUAGAUCCAACAAUUUGUACCCAUUUAAUUUAUAGUUUUGUGGGGAUUAAUUCAAACGGAACUAUUCGACUUCAAGAUCCUGAAUUAGAUAUUGGAAAAGGUGCUUUAUAUAAAUUUAAUGCAAUAAAAACUCGCAAUCCGAAAUUAAAAACUUUAGUAGCUAUCGGUGGUUGGACUGAAUCCCCAGAGCGUUUUUCUAAAGUUGCCUCCGAUCCACAAUUACGAAAAGUUCUUGUUGAAGACGUAGUAAAGUUUUUGAAAACUUACGGUUUUGAUGGUUUAGAUUUUGAUUGGGAGUAUCCCACAGCUCGAGGAGGGGUAAAAGAAGACAAAGAAAAUUUUUCUAUUCUCUUAAAAGAAUUAAAAGAUGAAUUUGUUAAGCAUCAAUUUAUGUUAACGGCUGCCGUUGCUGCUAUUCCUAAACAAGUCAAGCAAUCUUAUGAUAUACCAGAAAUUUCGAAAUAUUUGGACGCGAUUCAUGUUAUGACUUACGAUUUACACAGUGCUUUUGAUAACGUAACUGGAGAAAAUUCACCACUUUUUUCGUCAAUUGAAGAAAGAGAUAAAACAAGAAAUGUCGAUUCUUGUAUACAAUAUUGGAUAGAAAAUGGAGCUCCAAAACACAAAAUUGUACUUGGAAUGGGGUCUUACGGAAUUUCAUACACAGUAUCAAAAGAUUUAAAAUCAUUUAAAGUUGGUGUACCAGCUUUAGGACCUGGAAAUCCUGGAUUUUACACAAAUCAAAGUGGAAUGCUUGCAUAUUAUGAAAUAUGUAAUAAAACGAAGCGAAAUGAAUGGACUGUAUCUCGAGAUCAUGCACAAAAAGUCCCUUAUGCUUAUGGAGAUGGUCAAUGGGUUGGAUAUGAUGAUACUUUCUCAGUUAAACAGAAGAUGAAAUAUGCUAAUAGACAUAAAUUAAAUGGAGUAAUGGUGUGGACUAUUGAUACUGAUGAUUUUCGUGGAAUUUGUCAAACCAAAAAGUAUCCACUUUUAAGUGUAAUGAGAAAAUACAGCAAACCGAAAAAGAUUAUACAAAAGAAAAGGAAAUACAAAGGUAAAAUUAAAAGUUGCAUUAAAAACGCUUGUAAACGUCGGUUUAAUAGUUAAUGAAUAAAUAAUAAUUAAAACGUA